GUGGAACGGUGGAACUAAUGGCUCUGUUAUCGAACAGCCUGCUUCUCCCACCCAAACUACUCACUGGAACUCAAACUCAAACGCAGUUGCCGGCCACUUUUCAGUUCAAUCAUUCCCUUCCUUACAAUCAUAGCUCAACUUUGGCUUCCUCUGUUUCACUUUGGUUGCAUAAUGUGAAUCGAAAAUUCAAGACCAGUUCUUCCACUGCAGAUAAGCAAGAAGUGGAAAUGAACAAGAACGAAGAAGAAGAAUAUCAAGUGCUAACAGCUAUAAGAAGCAGUUACAAUGAUAUUGUAAUUGUGGACACUGCUCAAUCAAGAAUGUUGCUUCUCGACUCUACUCAUAAUGUGCAUAGCAUUCUAUACAAGCACCAGAAAUGGACUAAUUCGUAUUGGGAUGAGUUUGCUAGCUUGCCUGCUAUUGUCCCAGAAGGUCCUAUUGCCAUUUUGGGCUUGGGUGGAGGAACAGCUGCGCAUUUGAUGCUCGACUUGUGGCCCUUUUUGCAGCUUGAAGGUUGGGAGAUUGAUGAAAUUUUAAUUCACAAAGCAAGAGAAUAUUUUGGGCUGUCGGAUCUGGAGAAGCCUACACAAGCUGGUGGCGUACUAAACAUCCAUAUUGGUGAUGCAUUUUCUCCUGAAGUUCGUAUGUGUGGAGGAUAUGCUGGCAUUGUUAUUGAUUUGUUUUCUGAUGGAAAAGUUUUGCCACAGUUGGAGGAGGUUACUACUUGGUUGGAUUUGGAGACCUUGCUGAUGCCUGAAGGUCGUCUUAUGGUGAAUUGUGGUGGUAUUGAUUGUGCAUCUGAUGUAAACAAUGGAACAGUUAAUCCAAACAAUACAUCCACGGAUGGUAGUUGGGUAAACAAUCCAGCUAUCAAGGCAUUAUCUGAAGCUUUCCCUGGACAAGUCAGCUGGAAGAAAAUGCCUGCAAAUUUCGGUGCAAAUUAUCUUGCACUGACGGGACCUUUACCAGAAUUCACUUCGUGGUCUGCUGCAGUACCAGGUCCCUUGACUGCCAGUGUGAAGCAAUGGAGACCAUGCUAACCUGUUCCUUGGCGGAACCUAUAGCUUGUUCUACAAUUUAUCAGAGUUCAUUAUGAAUUUGAUUUAGCCAACCGAAGUUGUAUUCAGCACUCAACACCCACCAUCCACAUUUUUGCCUUGGAGAUCAUGGCCACAAAAGCAUGUGAUUUAUCCCAAAGAAUGCUGCACCUUCUGCGGUUUAUUCCAAUCACGAUAGGUUGAAACAACCUACACUAAUACGUAUGCCUUAAGAUGUUAGCAUUCAUGUUGUUGGAAAUCUUUGUGGCUUAUCUUACAAUUGAUUGGUUUUGAGUUCUGCUUGUAAUGCCUCAAGGUAUGUACAUCAUCUGUAUCUUCCAUAAUACUCAGCUAAGUUGAAGCUUUUGCUAGCUACAAUGUAUAUGUAUAGGUAUUCCAAUAUUGUAUAUGAUGAGACAAAUGCGUGCAAAUUCUUGCAGUACAUAUCACGGGAAACCCAAGAUAUCAUGGAUUCAUCUGUCUAAGAGCAAACAUGUUCUUGCCUUUGAUUAGUUUUGAUUGAUUUGAAUAUCUUUGGAAACCCAAGAUACCAUAGACUCACCAUCUGUCUAAGAGCAAACCAUUUUGUUAGCUCUCCAGUUGUGUUUCAUGUCCCUUUGCCGAUUCUACAGCCGCAUCUUUUGAUUGCUUGUAGUUUGGAACUCUGGAUCUCAUCUCUUUGCUUGACAUCUGCUUUCACAUGCAGCCCCAUCCUACACGCGGAGAGCGAUAGAGGCAGAAAGAAAUAUAAUAGCGCAGGUUGCGUACUUGCAAACCAGCAAACAAACC